GCUCCAUUCCUUCUUCCUCCUUUCUUCCCAAACAGACAGCGGGAAAUCAAGGAAAUAGAGGGAUUGUAAUCGAAGAGGGAAAUAGAGAGACCGAGAGGAAUGAAGAGGUGCGAGCUCUGCGAUCGGUCAGCGAGGAUGUACUGCGAAUCGGAUCAGGCGAGCUUGUGUUGGGAGUGCGAUGCAAAGGUGCACGGCGCUAAUUUUCUGGUUGAGCGCCAUCCGAGGGUGCUUCUCUGCCGGAGAUGUCAGGCGCAGACACCUUGGCGAGCUACUGGAGCUCGGCUUAGCCCCAUCAUCUCGGCAUGUGAACGCUGCACAACCAUUGACAAGGCCUCGCCAGCAGGUGAAGAACAAGACGACGACUCCCGUAUUGUAGAGGAGGAGCAGGACGAUUACCAGGUUGUUCCGUGGAGGCUUACUCCACCGCCGCCGGGGAGUUCAUCAAGCGGCGAGGAGUCAUCAUCGCCAUCUACGGGUAGGGCUAGCAGCAAUUUCCUGAAGCGGGUCAGGGAAAGCGCGGUUAUCGGUGAAGAGAACGAAAGCACUUGCCCCUUUCAUCGGAGAAGCCGACAAGAUCUGUCCAUUCAGGCUCCCUUUUCUUCCCAAUCUGUCGCCGAUGAAAAGGCUACCCACGCGUCGGCCUCCUGCUUCUGCCCCUCAAAGGAUCGUCGGAGAGCCAUUCUCCAAUCGGAUGCGCAGUUGUCUGCAGACUCAACUAGCAACGAAAGCCGUGUCUCCACCCGACGAGCUUCUGCUGCCGCUGAUCCUGUCUCUUCCCCUUCCGGCAGCCCUCCGAUCUAG